CAACAGCAAUUACAAUAUGCCCCAGAGGUGAAGAGCAAGACUGUUCGGUUCAUGAAUUUAAGAAGUGCAGGAACCCUGAAUGACACAAGUUCUUUAGAUGAGACUACUUACGAAAAACUGGCUGAAGAAACGCUGGACUCCUUAGCAGAUUUCUUUGAGGACCUGACAGAUAAACCUUUUACCCCAGAAGAUUACGAUGUCUCUUUGGGGAGCGGAGUCCUAACAGUGAAGCUGGGUGGAGACCUGGGGACGUACGUGAUCAAUAAGCAGACGCCGAACCGGCAGAUUUGGCUGUCCUCGCCCACCAGCGGGCCCAAGCGCUACGACUGGACUGGGCGGAACUGGGUGUAUUCUCAUGACAGAGUAUCUCUUCAUGAACUGCUAUCAAAAGAAUUUUCAACAGCGUUAAAGACUAAACUGGAUUUGUCCUGCUUAAUAUAUUCUGGGAAGGAAGACACUUGA